UUGGAUUUGUAAUGGCGACAGUCACUCAAAGUAACAUCACUCUCAGAGGUUCGACAAAAAUUGUCGUCGAGUUUUUUGACUACGCGAUAAAUAGUAUCCUUUAUCAACGUGGUAUCUACCCACCGGAAGACUUUGAACAAAAAAAAAAAUAUGGCAUUUCGAUCAUGGUUGCCAAAGACGCUGGUCUUCGGGAUUACAUGAACCAGAUACUCAGUCAGUUGACCAGUUGGCUGAUGACCGGCGAUAUCCAGAAACUAGUGGUCGUGAUUGCCGACAAUCAAACAAAAGAAACAAAGGAGAGGUGGAACUUUGAUAUCCAAACGGAUAUGGAGAUGGCGAUGACAGGUUCGGACAAGCCGCAGAGUGAAAUUGUAGCAGAGAUUCGUACAAUUAUUCGGCAGAUUACAUCAAGUGUGACUUAUUUGCCACUGCUCGAAAAUCCAUGCACCUUUGAUCUUCUAGUAUAUACGAGCAAGAAAACUGACAUACCUGAGACAUGGGAAGAAAGUGAGCCAAAAUACAUCGUGAAUUCGGACCAGGUCAAGUUGUAUUCGUUCAAUACAAAAAUUCAUCAAGUAGACUCGUUGGUUUCUUUCAAGUCGAAUCUAGUAGCUGAAUAGCAAAGCACGCUCUCUGUCGUUGGUUGGUCGCAUUUUUAAACUGGAUGAACUGGUCUCGCGGAUCGCGUCAGAGAGAUAUGCCGGUUUUAAUAUAAAAAUAUGUACUUUUUUUGUGAUCGUAAAACGUCUUUGUUUCGGAAAAGAUAUUCAAGAUUGCAAAG